UUUACAUUACAAUCAUAUGUGGCUCAUAAUGUGUAUUCAACUUAUAAAAGCCCUAACUUCACCACCCUAGCUAUUCCUAGAACUGCACUAGCUACUAGCUAAUGGCUCCAGGAACAAGCUCUAGGAGGAUGUCCUUAGACUUCAUCAGGAACACGACCACGGCCUCCGACGCCUCCGUCGAACCCCGUUCGAUCUUCAGGCACAAGGACUCGAGCCUCCCCUCCCGCUCUGCAGCUUCUGAAGUGGCCACGGUGGUGAACUGUGAGUGCUGCGGCCUGGCCGAGGAGUGCACGCGGUCGUACGUGGCGCGGGUGAGAAGUGGCUUCUGCGGGCGGUGGGUCUGCGGCCUCUGCUCGGAGGCGGUCGCGGAGGAGCUGCGUCGGCAUGUUGUGAAAGAGGAGGCGCUCAGGGCCCACAUGGAGGUGUGCAGGAGGUUUAGCAAGGUUGCUGCCAACCCUGCAGUUGCUCUAGUAGGGACCAUGGUUGAGAUUCUUAGGAGAGAAUCCAACAAGAAGUUGUAACCACUACUCCCUAAUUAUUGCCUGGACUGUGGUCCUCCAUAUAUACCCCUACACAAAUGUGACCUUCUAUAUAUAUCUAUCUAGAUUUGCCAUCUACUCUGCUUUGAAUCUAUCACCUUUAGAGUAAAUAAUUAACUUGUAAA